CUUAAGAAAUUCACUUUGUGUUGGGCAAAGUGGCACUUGCUUAGCUUGGUGUAGAAGCCAUGUCUGCGCAAGCGGUUAAGGACAUCACAGACGUGUCUGAGAUGCUCCUCAAGGGUACGACUGUAGAUCAGGAUAUCGUCGAGGUAGACGAGAACGCACUGCUCCAUUAUGUCCCUGAAGAUGUCGUUCAUCGGCCUCUGGAAGCGGGUGCGUUGGAGCUCCUCAAGCUGACGCUUGAGUUCGGUGGCAUCGGGGAUCAAGAGUCUAUAGGGGGCCUGGUGGUGAACAUGAUAGUCAGACACAAGCUGGAUGGAAUGCUCAACGUCGCGCAUCGGUGGGAUGCCGGCGUACGAGAACGACGAUGGGAAAACGCCGUGGUACUCAGGAAUGAGAUCACAAAUUACGGGCUCCUAUUGGAGACGCAGGUCCAGGCGGCUGCCACCGUGAUGCCCGCCGCCGCAUCCUCCAGGCGCCCACCCAAGCUAGAUGACAUUCCAGUCUUCUGCGAUCARUCCAAGACGGAACCGAUCCCGUGGUGGCGCCAGUUUACUCUCCGGCUCGACAUGCACCAUGUCCCGAACAACGAUCGACAUCCGUGCUUGUACCACCGAUCGGGUGGUGCGUGUCAAGCAUGGCUGGACAACAUCUUGACCAGCCACAGCGUAGCAGUGUCGGAACUACACACCAAGCUCACUUGGCAGGAGUUGACUGACGCCUGGCACAAGCGAUUCCAAGUGGAGCCGCCCGACCUGCAAGCGAUGGACAAGCUCAACAAGCUCCAUCAAAACACGCUGCUCAGUCAGGACUGGAUCACCGAGUUUCAAAGACUCGCCUCCACACCUAACCUGCCGCUCGCAUUCCGCGCCAUCAAGCACUUGUUUAUCAUGCGCUCGUGUCCGUCUCUGCAAAACGCGCUUACGCAGAUUGCAGAGACACUCGACACAUCCAACAAGCUUUUUAGCACAGCGUCACGGAUCAUUCUGACAAACAUCGAAGCCCGCAGCGCAAGCCGAUCUUCCGCGACGACGAGCGGCACCCAGCUCAAGCCAAAGGUGGCUUGCAUUAUUUCUUCCGAGGCUGCAACACCAAACGAGGGUGAAGUGUUGGCAGCUGCCCGGGAUGGUGGCCGGCCGCGCAACAACCACGGCCGCGAUAAGACGAAGACUCAAUCCACCUCGACACCGAGCACCGGAUCAGCCGCCGACGAACCUUGGGCGGCCACCACCGAGUUUCGCGCUAUGUUGGACCGUUUCGUCUUGGUCUACUUAGACGACAUCCUCGUCUAUAGCCGAACUCUAGAGGAGCACCUCGAGCACCUUCGCCGUGUUCUAGAGACUCUUCGGUCAGCCCGGUACAAAGCUAACCGCGACAAAUGCGAGUUUGCCCGGGAAGAGCUUGAAUACUUGGGUCACUUUGUCUCUCCGGAAGGCAUCCGUCCGUUGGCGGACAAGAUUCAAGCCAUCCAGGAGUGGCCCGAGCCGAAGAAUGUGACGGACGUCCGAUCCUUCCUCGGCUUGGCCGGUUAUUAUCAGCGCUUCAUCAAGGGUUACUCAAAGAUCGCGGCCAACCUAAGCAAGCUACGAAGUGAGGAGCGCCCUUUUGACUUCGACGACGAUGCGCGCCAUUCUUUUGAAACUCUCAAAGCGACACUCUUAUCCGCCGAGGUGUUACAUAUUUACGACCCGCUUCUAGCUACGCGCGUCACUACCGAUGCGUCGGGCUAUGGCAUUGGGGCCGUCCUUGAGCAGCACGACGGCACGGACUGGCACCCGGUCAAGUACUUCAGCAAGAAAGUACCUCCCGUACAUUCGAUCGACGACGCACGGAAGAAGGAGCUUCUUGCGUUCGUCCACGCUCUCAAGCGUUGGCGACAUUUCCUCCUUGGUCGGAAAGCAUUCCGAUGGGUAACGGAUAACAAUCCGUUCGUAUUCAACAAGUCGCAAGACACGAUUAACAGUACCAUUGCCUGAUGGAUGACUUUCAUCGACCAGUUUGACUUUUUCCCCGAUCACAUUCCCGGGAAGUCAAACCGUUUUGCGGACGCCCUCUCACGGCG